AGGCCGCCAGUUUUAGCUCUACCAGUUUACAAGCAGGUAUUUUCGAUCCUUGUCACCACUGGCAUUCCAGGAAUGCCUGACCCUUCCAGCUAGAGUUUUCAGCCAGGCCAGACUAAAGCCGCAUGGUGAGUAAUCGCACACUGCAAGCCUGACAAUCCCUAAAGGCAAAGCAAGCAAGGUAAAUAAUAGUAGAGAAAUGAUUAUCCUGAGCCCAAGGUGAGUGAAAUGUGAGCUGGCGGCACGGUUCACUUGCCAAGCCAAUAACACGGCUAAGAUUAGGCAAUAAGAUUUCCUUCUUCGUUUGUGUUACUAUGGGAGCUGUAUAACCACUCUUCUGAUCAUGUCCUAAACAAGCAGGACCUCACUGCUCACUCCUCUCGUCCUUACCCCAUCGCAAUGUCACUCUGGCGAGUGGACGAAUUGGUCAGGAUAAAAUGCCAACUGCAAGACAACGGGCGCCGACUAAACCAUGGAAAUAAGAGUGCCGGUGGAGAUUUUUAUUGUCCCAAUCAGAAGGACGUCUUGAUCAAUUUAAAUGAUCGCUUGGCGGCUUAUCUGGAAAAGGUGCGGACGCUGGAAGAAGCCAACCGACAGCUGGAGGAGAAGAUCAAGAAGCUGUCCGAGAAACGGGUAAUAGACUGUGAUCACAGUCGUUAUCUGAAGACUAUCGAUGAGCUGGAAAGUCAGAUAAGAAGUACAAAACAAGCUAAUGCCGAAUGUUGCCUGAAAAUUGAGAACACGAAAAUAACAGCAGACGGCUUUAAAGAGAAGUAUCAAGAAGAAUUAGCUUUGCAAAAUGCAAUAAAAGGUGAUGUGAAGAUGCUCAAAGCUGCCAGCAGUGGUCUUGAGAUGGAGAUACGCUGUUUGGAAGUUGAGGAACAGAUCUUAACUAAGGAACUGGAGAACCUUAAGCAAAAUCAGAAUGAGGAAAGAGAGGGUCUCCUACAGGAAAAAUCCAAGUGCCAAGUGAAUGUUGAGGUGGACAGCAUGCAACCAACAGAGCUUACAGAUGCCCUGGAGAAGAUGAGAGAGCAGUACAAGGCCAUGGCCAGUCAUCAUCAACAACACUAUGAAUCCUUGCUCGAGGAAAAGUUUAAUGAGAACACCCAGGAGAACAGCAUGGACACAGAACUUCUUCAAAGCCAAAGGAGACAUCUUUCUUUGUUAUGGAGGAAAGUGCAGGAGCUGGAGACUGAACUGGAGGUUCAACAUAGCUUGAGAUCUGCCCGGGAGUCAGAACUGUAUGAAACCAAAGCUGGUUAUGCUGUAUAUCUGGAAAGUAUACAGGGAACUGUAAUAAAGUUACAAGAUGCAUUGGCAAAAAUAAGGUCAGCAGCUGAGAAAUUGUCUUCUGACAGUAGGCUAUUGUAUUACCUGAAAGACCUUCUGGAGAUGGAAAUAAGAACGUACGCCAUAUUGAUGGAAGAUGAGGAGAAAAGGAUAGAAACUGUGAUCCAUGAGCCUUCCUACAACAGACAAAUGUUUUUGUUUCUGGUUUCAGAGUCGAGGUCCUCACUCACCAGGAGCUUACUGUUUGCAGAUCAAGGAAGAAGAUACACAGAACGUGUUGGCGCGUCGGGUUUUCAUGAAUUAGAAGAAAAUGUGAAUUAAAUUUUUGUAUAAAUAAAUAAAUCUAUUUAUUGAUCACUAAAUCAUAGGUUGAUACCUUGAGGUUUUGGUAGUAGCAUUAACUACUUAAUGGGCAAAUUCUACUAUUCUACCAAAUGAAAAUUUACUAAAUAAUAAAGGAAUGAAUGAAAUAAGACUAUGA